CUGGCGUCGUCCAAGAAGGACAAGGGCCGGAUCCUCGAUGAGUUCAUCGCCGUAACCGGCCAUCACCGCAAGCACGGCAUCCGGUUGCUGGGACAGUCCGGCGACGCUGGGGAGAAACCGUCAAUGAUCAAGGGCCGACACAUCUAUGAUGAAGCGGUACGCGAGGCGGUGAUCGUAAUCUGGGAGGCCGCCGAUCGCAUCUGCGGGAAGCGCCUGAAGGCGGUCCUGCCCUAUCUGGUGGAAUCCAUGGAGCGUAAUGGGCACCUCGAUCUGGAUCCUCUGGUGCGGGCACGAUUGCUGUCCGCCAGCGCGGCUACGUUGGACCGGCUGCUGCAGCCCAUUCGUCCCACGGCGGGCAGCCGGCGCAGACGGCGGCGACGGCAGUCGAUGAGCAAGCGCGUGCCGGUGCGGACCUACAAUGAUUGGAACCGACCACCGCCGGGAUAUCUGGAGAUUGACUCGGUGGCGCACUGUGGUGGCCCGCUGUCGGGAUCAUUCAUCCACAGCCUGGUGGCCACCGACAUCUGCACCGGCUGGCCUGACCAUGAACAAUCAGGGCCCGUGUUCAUCAACGAAACGCUGAUCCAGUACUGCGCCGAUCGAGGCAUCGAGUUCACCCGUUCCAGAGCGUACCGCAGCAACGACCAGGCGUGGAUUGAGCAGAAGAACGGUUCCGUGAUGCGACGCUUCGUCGGCCAUGACCGGUAUUCGGGAGAGGUGGCUGGCCUAAUCACCCUGUAA